AGAGGACUUAAAAAAAAAAAACAAAGAUGGCAAACUCAAGGUCUAGCUCUAAUCCACAUGUCACAUUGGAAGUUAGAGAAGAAAACCCAUACACAUACCCAUCACAUGUUUGUGCUCCCCAUUUUGUUACAUUUAAGCUGAGUGAUAGGGAUGAGUAUGGUGUUUGGAAAACACAGAUGUUAUGCCUGUUAGAGAGUCAUAGUGUGUCAGGUUUCAUAGAUGGAACACUCGUAAGCCCUGAUGAAGCCAGUAGUAGUAGUAGUGUUUCCGGGAAAGAGAAAGUGGUUGACCAUCAGACUCAUCAGAAGCUGUGGAGAAGAUCAGAUUCCCUGGUGAAGGGUUGGAUUCUUGGUUCCCUGUCUAAAGAAACACUUGUGUAUAUUGUGAAUCGUCUCACAGGAAAACUCCAUCAAGAUGAUUUCAGUGCAAAAGAUGUUUGGGAUGAACUACAGACUAUGUAUGCUCCUGCUGUUGUUCCAAAACUGCAUGUUGUUGAAGAUACACUACAAGAUCAAGACAGAGUAUUGGCUCUCCAGAGAUUGUACCAUUCUACUCGACAUGGAAUUUGGCACUGGGUCGAAGAAAUAUUGUGGGAUGGAAGGGUUACAGUGAUAGACAAAAUAACGAAUAAUGGCAACACUGCGCUUCAUGUAGCAGUCGGUACUUCCAAGAAGCUGGAAUUCCUAGAGAAAUUGUUGGAAAAGAUACCGGAGAACACACAACUCAUGGAUCUAAGAAAUUCAGAUGGAAGCACACCACUUCAUGUUGCUGCUAUUAUUGGCAACACAGAAGCUGUUGGCAUAUUGGUGGCAAGAAACCCAGAGUUGUUGUUGGCCAAAGACAAAAAGGAUCUGACACCACUAGCCUUGGCUCUUUCUAAUAUGCACACAGAUACAGCCCGACAUCUGCUGCAACACAUCAAUAAUACUGAUGAUACUCAGAAGGAUGCUCUGUUUUCUGGCACAACUGGCGAUGGCCUUCUAGUUACUGUUAUCUCCUCCAAAGAUUUCCACUUUGCAAGAAAACUGUUGAAGCAUUACAAAACAUUGCAUAGUGAUGCUGUGCUGAUGUCUAUAGCUGAAAAUUUCCCAAGCAAAGUCAAAGAUUUUGAAAGAUAUACAGGGACUGAAGAAUUACUUGAGAGAGCAGACGGUUUUCCUCCAUGGGUUUUGAUUUUGAUAAUCCUCCCAUUCAUUUGCGUGACUGGCUUCAUCAUUUGGCUUUUCAUGAAGGUUCUUAACAUGUUCGUGCCUCCAUUCAUUAAAGAGAGAGUUCGAACUCAUGAUGAUGCUAUGAGACUGUUGGAGGAAGUAUGUGAGUUGAUAAGGCGAACAAAUCACUCCAGCUGUUACCAUAACUAUUAUACAACUCCUAUUCUUGAAGCCACAAGACUAAAUGCAUAUGAGGUUGUAGAGGAAAUUGUGACUUGGUUCCCAAAUGCAAUUUGGUGUGCUAAUGAAGAUGGGCACAACUUUAUUCUGUAUGCUGCAAUAAAUCGUUCAGAAAAGGUUUACAACCUACUUUAUCAGAUGAGCGAACAUAAGAAUAUAUACCGGACACUCGAAGACUCUUCACGGAAUAACCUGUUGCAUCUAGCUGCAAGAUUGGCUCCAUCCAACAAAUUAAAUCUUAUAUCGGGGGCAGCUUUACAGAUACAACACGAACUACAAUGGUUUAAGGAAGUGGAAAAAUUCAUUUGUCCUCUAAGCAUCAAACAAAAGAACUCUUUAAACGAAACACCACAAAUGGUAUUUACUAGAGAACACAUGGAGUUGGUGAUUGAGGGAGAAAAAUGGAUGAAGUCCACUGCAGAGUCCUACACGAUUACAGCUGCAUUAAUCAUCACCAUUGUGUUUGCAGCAGCAAUUACAGUGCCAGGAGGAAGCAAUCAAGACACCGGGAUACCAACUUUUACCAACAACACCGCCUUCAUAAUAUUUGCAAUAUCAGAUGCCAUAUCAUUAUUUGCAGCUGUUACGUCAUUGUUAAUGUUUUUGUCGAUUCUUACCGCAUGUUUUGCUGAGCAAGACUUUCUCUUCAAGUUGCCUACAAAGUUGAUAAUUGGUUUGGCCACCUUGUUCGUCUCAACAACAGCCAUGAUAGUAGCUUUUGGUGCAACAUUGUACCUUGUGUUCGGCCAAAGAAACUGGAGGAUUCUUAUUCCAAUAGCUGUCUUGACAUGCCUACCAAUCACUUCUUUUGUCACCCUGCAGUUCCCUCUCGUCUUAGACUUGAUGAGUGCCACAUAUGGUCGUAGUAUUUUUGGUCUUGGGGGUAGACGAAUAAUAAUUUGAUAAUAAAUUGGGAAAUUAAGGAUGAAAUGUUAGUGGAAAUUAUGGAGUGCAUUGUAAUUAUUAGUCGGUUAUAUUAUUAUUAUCAUUUAUAGGGUAGCCAACAUUAUCUUUGUAUUUGUAAAGGUAGCUUUUAUAAAUAUGUCCAAAAUAGUCUACGGCUACCCACCUUA